UUACUUCGCGCAGUUACCUGUAUUGCUUAAGACACUCCAGAGAAAAUUUUAAUAUUUUCAAGCAAACGCUUAAAAUAAUUCCAACGAAAAAUUAUUUCUCCAACACAGGAACUAGACAUCUAAAGAAGUGAUUAAUAUAUUAAUGCUAUAAUCGUAAACAACUACACCUACUUCGAUGCAGGUCUUUUCGUUGAAUAAAACUACUUCAAAAUUCUUUCCGUAUUAUUGAAUCAAGGAGCUGAAAGAAGAUGGAUAAACUUUUUGGUGAUUUGAAAGCAUUUUUUAAAGACGCCAAAUGUGUGACAGACAGCUUUGUAUUCCGUCUUCAUUAUCGAUUCACUUUGGUAAUCCUUAUAGCAUUUAGCAUUGCUGUAACCGGUCAACAGUACAUCGGAGAAGCUAUUCAUUGCAUAUCAAAAGAUGACAUACCAGAAGAAUUGCUAAAAACGUAUUGUUGGAUCCAUACUACCUUUAGUAUAGACAGUGCUUGGUUUAAGGAAGUAGGUAAAGAAGUUCCUUAUCCUGGAGUCGACAAGCACACACCCGGUGUAAAGAAAAUUUACCAUGCAUACUAUCAGUGGGUAUGUUUUGUUCUUUUCUUACAAGGUUUGCUUUUUUACGUGCCUAGAUAUCUCUGGAAACAUGUGGAAGGACACAAAAUUCAAAGUUUGGUGAUGGAUUUUAAUUCACCUAUCGUAAGCGCAGCGGAAAACAAGGGAAAAACAAAACUACUCGUCAACUAUCUUGAAGAAAAUAUUGGAAACCACAAAUUUUACUCAACCAUGUAUAUUUUAAUGGAAAUCUUAAACUUCGUCAAUGUUGUUGGUCAGAUUUACUUAAUGGAUACUUUCUUAGGGGGAGAAUUUACUACAUAUGGUACUGAAGUCUUGGCAUUUACAGAAUGGGAUUAUUCUCUGAGAUAUGAUCCAAUGGUGAAAGUCUUUCCAAGGAUGACAAAAUGUACUUUCCAUCGUUAUGGUUCCUCUGGCGAUGUUCAGAAACAUGAUGCUAUGUGUUUGCUGCCUAUCAACAUUCUGAAUGAGAAAAUUUACAUUUUUCUAUGGUUUUGGUUCCUGCUACUGUCCAUUCUGUCCGGCCUGUGUCUCAUCUAUAGAGCUGCUGUAUUUCUAGUGCCAAAGUUUCGUUAUUAUGUUCUAUUUUCAAAGUGUCGUAGGGUGGACCCUGAUAAUCUAAAAACUGUGUUGAACAAUUGCGAUAAAGAUGACUGGUUAGUACUUAGUCUUCUUUGUAAAAAUAUGACUCCUUGUAACUUCAGAACUGUUAUCCGUGACUUUGCUUUAAAACUGAGCGAUACAAAGAUGUUGUAGUGUUUAUGCUAGCAAUUUUAGUAACGUUUUUCAUUUAUGAAGAAAUUUUUCACAUAUUUUCGAAUUCAUGUCUAUUAGUGUUGUGAUUUUUAGUUUUCAUUUUAAUAUGGAAAACUAGCUUUUAGUAGAGACAUUUUUCUUGCUCUUUAAAAAUGUUUCAAUCAUCAGUAGAUGACUUUUCGUAUUUUAAUGUUCAAAGUAGUACUGAAAUUCUAAAAGUAGUACUACUACAUAGUUUUAGGGUACUAUUUUUUAAAGUCUUGCAGUUCAGAUAUUAUAAAGAGAAAAACAAAACUAAUUUUAAAAAAAUCUAUGGGGAACAUUUUUAAGAUGUAAAGAAUAAAUGAUUUUUUUGUUUUCGUUGUUUUUCGCCAUGUAGUUAUAAUAAAAAGAGAAUAAUCCAUUUUUUACUAAAA